AUCAGCUGGUUAACAUACGGCGUGUUUGAUAACAGCGAAAACUUGUGAAAUCUGAGUUGUUAGAAAACAAUUACUACAUAGGUCGAAAAUAAAUUAUCUAAUAAAAUUUUAUAAAAUGUUCCAACUACUUGGAAAAAUUCCUAAGAACGUACUCGCUUCAAAUGUGCUGACAGUCAACCAAAGAGCACCGUUAUGUUGCGCUAUUACGAGCAAUAGAUUUAACUCUACUGAAGCAAAGCCGGCCGCAACAUCUGAGGACUUUAGAAAAAAGCAAAUACGCUUCAAUAUAAAAGCAGAGCAUGUUGAAGGUAGACCACUAUACCUUGACGUUCAGGCGACCACACCAUUGGAUCCCCGCGUAUUAGACGCCAUGUUGCCGUACAUGACGAAUUACUAUGGAAACCCACAUUCUCGUACUCAUGCAUAUGGUUGGGAAUCUGAAAAGGCCGUAGAAACUGCAAGAGAACAGGUGGCCAGGUUAAUUGGUGCGGAACCGAAAGAAAUCAUUUUUACUUCAGGAGCUACAGAAUGUAAUAAUAUUUCAAUCAAAGGUGUUGCUAGGUUUUACGCGACCAAGAAAAAACAUGUCAUUACUACACAAACAGAGCAUAAAUGUGUGCUAGACUCCUGUCGUGCAUUGGAAAACGAAGGCUUCAAGGUGACAUAUUUGCCGGUUAAAUCAAAUGGGAUCAUUGACAUGCAACAAUUAGAGGAAUCUAUCACACCGGAAACCUCAUUAGUGUCCAUUAUGACUGUUAACAAUGAAAUUGGAGUUAAACAGCCGAUAGCUGAUAUUGGUGCACUUUGUCGUUCGCGCAAAGUAUUUUUCCAUACGGAUGCGGCCCAGGCAGUUGGAAAAAUUCCCCUCGAUGUAAACAAAAUGAAUGUCGAUUUAAUGUCUAUAUCGGGCCAUAAAAUAUACGGUCCAAAAGGUAUAGGUGCACUUUAUGUGCGACGUCGGCCACGUGUACGUCUUGAGCCAAUCCAAAGUGGCGGUGGGCAAGAACGUGGCCUACGCAGUGGCACUGUUCCCGCACCACUGGUGGUUGGAUUUGGUGUUGCAUGCGAUCUUGCAUUGAAAGAAAUGGACUAUGAUAAAAAAUGGAUCGAUUUUCUAUCAAAACGUUUGUACGAUCGUAUAACACAGAAACUGACUCAUGUAAUUCGCAACGGUGAUCCUGAACAGACUUACAGUGGUUGCUUAAAUUUGUCUUUUGCCUACGUGGAAGGCGAAUCACUGUUGAUGGCUUUAAAAGAUGUUGCACUAUCAAGUGGUUCGGCAUGCACUUCGGCGUCAUUGGAACCUUCCUAUGUGUUGCGUGCCAUAGGCACCGAUGAGGAUUUGGCUCACAGUUCCAUAAGAUUUGGUAUUGGCCGUUUUACAACCAUUGAAGAAGUUGAUUACACCGCUGACAAAUGUAUCAAACAUGUAGAACGUCUACGUGAAAUGUCGCCACUCUGGGAAAUGGUUCAAGAAGGUAUUGAUUUGAAAAAUAUUCAAUGGUCACAGCAUUAAUUAUGGUUUGUCACCAUUAUUGGGUCAGAGGGACUGUAUUGGAUUGUACCUACAAUUGUUAGUAAGAAAAUGUUGUCGUUUUAUAAAAGUGGUGGCAAUUUUGAAUGUUUUGUAUUGAAAAUGGAAAAACGUUUGUCUAAAAGAUAACGGUAUAUUUUUUCGUAACACUUAGAUAAUAACUAAGAGCUAUUAAUUACAUGCAUGUCAUAAAUACACGCAAAUAUUAUAUAAUAACAAUCAGUUUAAAUAUACUUCAAUUAAAUUUGAAAAAAAAGUUUACUUGUAUAUAUUUAUUUAAAAGCAUGGAUCACGGAUAUUUUUGAGAUGAAUUUACAGAAGCAAACGAAGAACCGAUUUGAUUUACACAUACAUAUGUAUGCGCAUAUGCACAAACUGUUUAGUCGAAGCAUAAUAUUGUAUUAACUGAAAUAAAGUAGACAACAUUGCCAACUAUGUCAAGCUGCGGUUAUGCCCAUAUUUAUGAAUACAGCAUCUGCACUAUGGUUUGCGUCAUACGCACGUUCCGAUGAGUUAAAUACACACACAAUUUUUUAUGUUUAUUUAUGCAUUUUAUAUUUGCUUAAAGUCAUUACAAAAAUCAUAGCUAAACAAUAUUGAUACUACCUAUGUAAGUAUGUGAUCGGGAUAGUACAAACAACAAAUGUAUUAACAACUUAUCAUCAGCUUAAAAAACACUAGCUGUAUUUAAUUAUAGCUGCACACGUUGAAGAGGUGAAGGGUGAAUAGCCAUUCAGCGGUGGUCGUAUAACUAAUGAUAAUUCG